CGUCGGACCCUGCCACUUGCACCCAAGCCCCCAAACCCUCUGCGGCGCUCCCUCCCCCACUCCGUCUCCCUCGCAAUGGCGGCGGCGCCUCUCCAGCCCGUGCCACCGCCCGCGGCCGUGAACGGCGACGCGUUCCGCGUGGGUUUCAUCGGCCCGGGCAACUUGGCGGAGAGCAUCGCCCGCGGCGUCGCGGCGUCGGGCGUCCUCCCGGCCAACGCCAUCCGCACCGCCCCCCACCGCCGCCCCGAGCGCGGCACGGCCUUCGCCUCCAUCGGCGCGUGCCUGCUCGACACCAAUGCCCAGGUUGUCGACGACAGUGAUGUGAUAGUCAUCUCCGUGAAGCCUCAGAUCGUAAAGCAGGUUAUACUUGAACUGAAGCCACUGCUGUCAGAUGAAAAGCUUCUGGUGUCUAUUGCUGCUGGCGUCAAGAUGAAAGAUUUGCAGGAUUGGUCUGGUCAACGGAGAAUCAUUAGAGUAAUGCCCAACACCCCUUCAGCUGUUAGACAAGCUGCAUCAGUGAUGUGUUUGGGAGAGAUGGCUACUCAGAAAGAUGCGAACCGUGUAAGAAGUUUAUUCAGCGCCAUUGGAAAGGUUUGGACAGCUGAAGAGAAAUAUUUUGAUGCUGUAACUGGCCUGAGUGGUAGCGGUCCAGCCUACAUUUUCUUAGCAAUAGAGGCCAUGGCUGAUGGUGGAGUCGCUGCUGGGCUUCCUCGGGACCUUGCACUUGGUCUUGCAUCUCAAACAGUUCUUGGUGCUGCAACCAUGGUGAGCGAGACAGGAAAACAUCCAGGCCAACUGAAGGAUCAGGUCACUUCUCCAGCAGGCACUACUAUAGCUGGGGUUCAGGAGCUCGAGAAGGGUGCAUUCCGUGGAACGCUGAUCAGUGCUGUUGUUGCUGCCGCAAAGCGUUGCUGCGAACUGUCCUAGAUCUAGGUUGAAGUUCAUCUUACCAGAUUUCGACAGUUGCAUUCUGUUGAUAUAUUCGUCUUGAACGGCAUGGUGUGAAUUGUUGGGAUAAUAACUUGACAGCUUUUAGAGCAGUCGUGAUGUAAUCGGUUAAACAUGUUUUGCAGAAUCAGGUGCCAUAGGGUUAAUUAUCUGUUUCCUUGCUAAUAUAUAAAUCGUAGUGCUUAAGUGCUUUCA